UAGCUUGCCCAUAGAUUUUCUCGUGCUUUUUCUUUAUUGCUGCUGAACAAAGGGCACGAUGACUAUAUCUGAUGGGUCUAGAUUGGCGUGCCAAAGCCAUGGCUUAUUCUUCUAGUUGAUUAUUUUCCAUUACAAUAGUAUAGCAGUAAGAGAAAGCAAGUCAUCGCGAAAGUCAACACCAACGUGACUUGGGCCUAUCCUGUAUCAUUUGGAAGCAGAACUUCAUGCAGCCAAAUCCUUCUUAGAUUUGAGCCAGGGGGGAAAAGCAAGCAGGACAUGGCAGAGUACGUGGUAUCAUAUGUUGUGGAAGAGCUUGGUGAAUUGCUCAUUAAAGAAGCCGUUUUCUUAUAUCGGGUGACAGAGAAAGUGAGGCAACUGAGAUCCGAAUUGAGGCUGAUCCAGUCUUACCUGCAAGAUGCAGAUAGAAGGCAAGAUGAAGAUGAAAGACUGCGGAAUUGGAUUUCAGAAAUCAGAGAAGCUGCAUAUGAUUCUGAUGAUGUCAUUGAGACAUAUGCUCUUAGAGAAGAAUCAAGAAGACGCAGGGUCGGUAUCCUGGACAUCAUCAAGAGGUAUGCUGGUAAAGAAUGCUUUGAGAUUUACCAGGUGGGAUCUAAGGUUGAUGAAAUCAUUCUAAGGAUUUCUAACCUCACUAGAUAUUUGAAAACAUAUGGCAUAAGACCUGAAACAGGAGAGUCCUCAAGUUCUACGCAGGGGAGGCAGAAGGCUUUGAGGAGGUCUUACUCUCAUAUAAUUGAAGAGGACAUAAUUGGGGUGGAAGAAGAUGUAAAAAUUUUGAAAUCACAUCUGGUGAGUCCUGAAAAAAGUUGCAGAGUAGUUGCCAUAUGUGGAAUGGGGGGUUUAGGGAAGACAACAUUGGCCAAGAAGAUAUAUCACAAUACUGAUGUUAGACAUCAUUUUGAGAGUUUUGCCUGGGCCUAUGUAUCUCAGCAAUGCCAACCUAAGGAUGUGUGGGAAGGGAUUCUCUUUAAACUGGUCCCUCUUUCUAAAGAGCAGAGAGAGGAAAUUAUCAGCAUGAGGCUUGAGGAGCUUGCAAAGAUGCUUUACCAAGUUCAAAUGGAGAAGAGAUGCUUGGUGAUCCUUGAUGAUAUUUGGAGUGUGGAGACUUGGAACAUUCUGAGUCCUGCCUUCCCAAAUGGAAGAGGAGAAUCUGGCAGCAAAAUAUUGCUUACUUCUCGAAAUACAGAUGUUGCACUGCAUGUAGACCCCACGUGUUUCCUUCAUCAACCAAGGUGCUUAAAUGAAGAUGACAGUUGGGACUUGUUCCAAAAGAAGGCAUUCCCCAUAAAAGAUGAUCCGGACUUCACCAUUAACAUAGAGAAAGAGAAGCUGGGAAGAGAAAUGGUAGGAAGGUGUGCAGGUUUACCAUUGGCCAUUAUUGUGCUUGGAGGACUCUUAGCAACAAAGCCUACACUCGAGUACUGGGACACAGUGCGUCAAAACAUUAAUUCCUACUUGAGGAGAGAAAAAGGGCGGGAGCAGCUCUUAGGAGUGUCUAAGGUGCUUGCUCUAAGCUAUUAUGAAUUGCCAUAUCAACUGAAACCAUGUUUCCUACAUUUAGCCCAUUUCCCAGAAAAUAUUGAGAUACCCACCAAGAAACUAAUCAGAAUAUGGGUGGCAGAGGGGUUGGUUCAGAAUGAAGUAGGAGGAGAGGAAAACAUGGAGGAUAUGGCACAACGGUGCUUGAAUGAGCUGGUUGAGAGGUGCAUGAUUCAGGUGGUGCAAAAGAGUUCAACAGGAAGAAUGAGAACUUGUCAAAUGCACAACCUUAUGAGGGACCUGUGUGUAUCAAAGGCAAAAGAAGAAAAUUUUCUUGAGAUGGUUAAUUCCGGGCAUAUAAAUGAACCAACAGAUUGUUUUCAUUUACCCGUAAUCCACAGAGCAAAGUCUAUGGGUAAAGUUCGUCGGAUUGCUCUUUUUCUGGAUCAUAAUAUUGAUAGGCUCUUCCCUUCACAAUUGAAAAGCCAUCUCCAUCUUAGGUCUCUUAUCUGCUUUCAUGAAAAGGCAGCUCAGCUUUGUGAAUGGAGGAUAAUGAAAUCUGUUUUCAAAAAUUUCAAGUUACUCAGAGUCUUGGACUUGGAAGGAUUACAUGGUCAGGGAGGGAAGUUACCAAAAGAAAUUGGCUACUUGAUCCACCUGAGAUUUCUUAGUCUAAGAAAUACAGAUAUUGAUGAGUUGCCACCAACAAUAGGCAAUCUGAGGUGCUUGCAAACUCUUGAUCUUCUGACAUGGAAUUCAACUGUACAAAUACCCAAUGUAAUAUCGAAGAUGCAAAGAUUAAGACACUUGUAUCUACCAGAGUCGUGUGGUGAUGGCACUGAAAAGUGGCUAUUGACCAAUCUGAGAAAUUUGCAGGCCUUAGUUAACUUCCCUUCAGAUAAGUGUGAUGUAAGAGAUCUUACUAAACUAACCCAUUUGAGAAAACUGGCAAUAGUUGAUCCCACAUUUGGGGACAUAUUUGAAUCUCCAGCUGUGAAAUUUGGCCGCCUUGAAUCUUUAUUUUUUGUCUGCACUGAGGAUACUAACGUUCCUCAAGUUGCAGCAGGAUGUCCUAAUCUAUAUAAGCUUCAUAUAGAAGGGCCUAUAAUAAAGUUACCAGAACAUCACCAACUUUCCUCCAAGCUUGCCAAGCUGAAAUUGCAGGGAUCCAGACUUAAUGCAGAUCCAAUGGAAACACUAGGGAAGCUUCCCAGUUUGAGGUUCCUUGAAUUACAAAUGGAUUCCUUCAUGGGAAAGGAAUUAGUUUGUGCUAAGAAAAGUUUCCCUCAGCUUCAGUCUCUGGUUUUUGGUGACUUGACCAAUUUUGAAGAGUGGAAAUUGGAUAAAGAAGCCAUGCCUAGUCUUUGCAGACUACAGAUUUCAAGCUGCACUAAGCUUAAGAUGGUUCCAGAUGGGCUAAGGUUGGUGACCACUCUUCAGGAGUUGGAGAUUAGAUCAAUGUUUCAAGUAUUCAGAUCCAAACUUGAAAAGGGAGGAGAAGAUCAUUAUAAAGUCCAACAUGUACCAAGCCUGGUCUUUCAUUAUUGUGACUACUAAUUUGAGAUGGCAAUUUCAAUAGCAAGCCAGUCUGGCUAGAACCCACUCUAAAUGAGCCAAGAACAACUGGGUCUUCUGCAAAUAUAAAUAAUAUGUGGAUGCAGUCCUACAAAUCACAGGUACUUUUAAGAAGGACCUGUGUUCAUCCAAAACAGGUCGGAUCCUCUCAGACACCUUGUAAAUUACAAGUUACUCCUUGGAUUUUACCAUAUGGCCAUGCUAAUGUCAUUGUUGUGUCUUGUAUUUGUGCCAAUGUCCGUACUUUCUAGAUGUAAUAUUUGUCAUUUUUUGUUGCUUGUUCAGAAUAAGUGUUUGAUA